CAGCAUCAAAUGUACACGAAUGCAUCUGGAUGCCGACGGUGCAUCCCCGAUUGAUUUUGGACGCUGUCGGAUGUUUGCGCGAGUGGGAAGCGAUACGGUCAGCUUUGUCUGCGCCGAACUGCACGGUGACGCGGACGGGUCCAGCAUGGUCUGGGAUGUAGAGGGGCUGAAGGAUGCGUGCAGAGGCAGCAUCAUAUUGCAGCAAACAAUGGACGACAAACUAAAUACCGAAAAUUAUCGAAUUGCAACGUCUGAACUUGAUGCCUUAGAAAUGGAUAUCGGUGCUCUUCCCCCUUUUAUACUAACGCAUAUUCUGUUGAAUCUGGACACCUUUACGCGCUCGCGGAUGCGCUUGGUAUGUGUGCUGUGGCAAAGUAUUUUGCAGGCCGACGCUGCCAGCCGCGACGUCAUCCUCGACCUUCCCCACACCUGCCGAAAGCGCCCGUACUGGGAAGAAGUGACUCUCCCAUAUUGCAAUCGCAGGGAAAAGUUGCUUACCACCCUGAAUGGUGCUGUCUCCCAGCAUACGCACGGCCUGGCCUUCGUUAACGUCGGCGCGGCAACAGAUCAGCUUGACUUCAUGAACCGGGACAAUUUUCGGAAAGCAGUGCGACAUUGCGUGCGGAUUUUGCAACUGCGGGGCGUCCGCCUGCCGCUGCUCAUUAUCAAGAACGGCGAAGAUAUCGCGCGAAAGGCAUGGUUUAUGUUCCUGAAGAUUCGCCGCAACAACGACACCGGGGAAAAUACCUGCGAGGACCUGUCGUUUUUCAUGUCCGUUUGCGACCAACUGAUUUUGUUGAACUACACGGUGACGCUGCCGUCCAUCUACCAUCCGCUGAUGGUGGAGAUGAUCUGCCAUGGGAACGGCGACCAAACAUGGCUGACUGACGGCCACGAAGUUAAACCACGGGCGAACGACCAAAGUCAAAGAACGCGGCAUACAACUCUCCUGUUCUUCUGCUGUGCCGGCGAUCAAAAUGUGGAGCAGCCGGCCAGCGAACCCGUCGAACCGGUGUACGUGAAAGUGGUUAUUCCGUUCCUGCGCUUCCGCUGCACCGAGACCCCGGGCGAACACUGUCGCCGCUUCAUGUCCGCGGUCAAUGACCACUGUCCAGAGGUUAAUCAGGGGGUGUACAAGAAGGUCACGGGGGUGCAUGUGCGCUGGGUGCGGACGCUAGCUUACCCCGAACAAUGGACCGGAAUUCGACAGUUUCUUCAGGUGUUCAGCGGUUGUUCCGCCGAUGGCACGGCACAGCGAUGGGAUGAUGCUGAUCUGCGGAAAAUAAAUGUUGCGGUGCUGAGCAGACUGGCGCUUCAUAUGCUGGAUGGAUACUUUGCCGACUAAAACAUACUUGCUUCUGAGUUUGUGGCCGUAAAAUACGCACCUGACCACAACGCAAAACGCCUAUAUCAGUAACCAGCUUUUUCUGUGUUUGAUCAAUAGUGGUUUUCUGUGCUUACGUCAUUACACUAAUUACAGGAACGUUGCAUCUUCCAUGUAAUCUUUGUCCGCCUGUAACGACGAUUUGCUGCAUAGUAGAAAGGAUGCGCAGAGUCAAAACGCGGACUUACUUACAACGUUUUUUACCCUUGACAUACAGACAUCGAACGCAAAA